ACAACUGUCUACUGUCCCGGUCUGCUGUGUGACAACCAAACCCUCGUAGCCGCUGCUGUUUGCAUCGCCGACCGUCGUUUGUGUUCUCUGCUGGAAAAAAAAAAAGAUCAUCAGCAGAGUGAGCAGCGACAUGCCGCGCUGCCCACUCGGCAGACUUUGCCACGCCGCUGAGCCGGAUGUCAAAUUGUGUCUCUUCCCUCGUUUCUGCUGUGUGUCAAUACAAGGACUCUUAUAGUUCGUCGCUCACCUUGAGUUAAAGUUUCUUUUUUUUCUAUGUCACUGUGGUUGCUUUUGUAGAGAACUGUUGGAUCGGGACCGCGGUUCAGCCCAGCGAGAUGUAGCGCCUCGCUGCCCUCAAAGCCGGAUUUGUUGUCUACUCAUGAUUUUUCUGUAGUCGAGUCCAGGGCAUCUGCUGCAGUCAUGUUUAGGAACAGCUUGAAGAUGCUGCUGACGGGGGGGAAGGCCAACCGCAAGAGUCGCAGCAGUGAUGGCGGGAGCGAGGACUUGGCAGACCCCCGCUCGCCCAGUCUAGACCCUCACCUGAGCCACAUCGGCCAAGGUGGCAGCAUAGACAGCGACUGUGUCUUUGAAGGAGACUACGCUGUGCCCCCACUCUCCAUGACCGAGGGCAUGCAGCACAUUCGCAUAAUGGAGGGCGUGUCGCGCUCUCUGCCCUCCUCCCCGCUGCUCACCCACCAGACCAUCAGUGUCAGGCUGCAGCCAGUGAAGAAGCUCACAGCCCCUCUGCGGAAAGCAAAGUUUGUGGAGAGCCCUCGCAUUCCACAAUCAGAGCUUGGCUCCCCUACACACACCUCCACCACUGCCAAGAAUCCAGACCUGGACACAUACUGCCCUGGGGAGUCAAGCCAGGAGCUGGGCCCCCCUCCGUCGGUGGAUGAGGCGGCCAACACAUUGAUGACGCGCUUGGGUUUCCUUCUGGGAGACAAAGUGAGUGAGGGGCCAGCCGGUACCCAGUACAGCAUGGAGGAACCCGAGGCGAGACAGGGCCAGAACCAGAGGAUCAGCCCGUGCUCCACCCUGACCAGCAGCACUGCCUCCCCACCUGCAGGCAGCCCCUGCUCCACCCUCCCCCCUACCAUGCCUGGCCAGGCUGGCAACAAGGACUGCGCCUACGGUUCUGUCACCAGUCCCACCUCGACACUGGAGAGCAGGGACAGCGGGAUCAUCGCCACUCUGACCAGCUAUUCUGAGAACAUGGAGCGAGGCGGCAAAUACGGCGAGGGAUCGCGGGGAAACCUGAAACUGUGGCAGUCCCAGAAAUCAGGCAUGGACUCGUUCCUGUACAGGGUGGACGAAAACAUGACCGCCUCCACCUACAGCCUCAACAAAAUCCCUGAGCGCAACCUGGAGAGCAUGUCCUCCCACUCUGCCCACUCCAUCCCUCUGUACCUCAUGCCCCGCCCCAACUCUGUGGCUGCUACCAGUUCAGCCCACCUGGAGGACCUGGCAUACUUGGAUGAGCAGAGGCACACUCCAUUACGCACCUCGCUGCGCAUGCCCAGACAGAGCACCACCUGCGGGCCGGGUCGCUCCGGGCAGGACCUGAGAGCUUCUGCAAAUAACACCCAUGUCUGGCAAUCCCAGUCACUGCGUUUUGCACCCUAUCGGCCUCAAGACAUCGCCCUCAAGCCUCUGCUGUUUGAGGUGCCCAGCAUCACCAUGGACUCCGUCUUCACGGGACGCGAGUGGCUCUUCCAGGAGAUCGACGCCCACCUCAACAGCCCCAACUCCGGCACCAACCAGGGCGUCGUGGUCGUAGGCAACAUCGGCUUCGGCAAGACGGCGAUCAUCUCUCGCCUGGUGGCGCUCAGCUGCCACGGCACCCGGAUGAGACAGAUCGCCUCGGACAGCCCUCAAGCCUCCCCUAAACAUGGAGAGGGGCUUCCUCUCACACAGCCACAGCCUACGCAUGGCACCCUCGGAGGAGGCAGCUGUCCCGGGACCCCUGAGAUGAGGCGACGUCAGGAGGAAGCCAUGAGGAGGCUGGCGUCUCAGGUGGUGGCGUACCACUACUGCCAGGCAGAUAACGCCUACACCUGCCUGGUGCCAGAGUUUGUGCACAACGUGGCGGCGCUGCUGUGCCGUUCGCCACACCUGGUCGCCUACAGGGAGCAGCUGCUGAGGGAGCCACACCUGCAGAGCAUCCUGAGUCUGCGCUCCUGCGUCCAGGACCCCCUGGCUUCCUUCAGGAGGGGCGUCCUCGAGCCCCUGGAUGCACUUUACAAAGAGAGGAAGAUCAACUCCGAGGAGGACCUCAUCAUCCUCAUCGAUGGCCUCAACGAAGCUGAGUUCCACAAGCCGGACUACGGAGACACCAUCGUGUCCUUCCUCACCAAAACCAUCAACAAGUUCCCUCCCUGGCUCAAGCUGGUGGUCACAGUCAGAACCACGUUGCAGGAGAUCACCAACGCGUUACCGUUUCACCGCAUCUCUCUGGACAGCCUGGAUGAGAACGACGCCAUCGACCAGGAUCUGCAGGGCUACAUCCUGCACCGCAUCCACAGCAGCCCGGAGAUCCAGAACAACAUCUCGCUCAAUGGCAAGAUGGACAACACCACCUUCGGCAAGCUCAGCGCCCACCUCAAGGCCCUGAGCCAGGGAUCCUAUCUGUACCUCAAACUCACCUUUGACCUCAUUGAAAAGGGCUACCUUGUUCUCAAAAGUUCCAGCUAUAAGGUGGUUCCAGUCAACUUGGCUGAGGUCUACCUGCUGCAGUGCAACAUGCGCUUCCCCACGCAGUCGUCGUUCGAACGGGCGCUUCCCCUGCUCAACGUGGCCGUGGCCUCGCUCCAUCCGCUGAAUGACGAGCAGAUAUAUCAGGCCAUCAAUGCCGGAUCGCUGCAGGGCACUCUGGACUGGGAGGACUUCCAGCAACGUGUAGACAACCUGUCGGUCUUCCUUGUGAAGAGGAGGGAUGGAACCAGGAUGUUUGUUCACCCCUCCUUCAGGGAGUGGCUCAUUUGGAGAGAAGAGGGAGAAAAGACCAAGUUCCUCUGCGAUCCGAGGAGCGGGCACACCCUGCUGGCCUUCUGGUUCUCUCGCCAGGAGAACAAGCUGAACAGGCAGCAGACUAUUGAGCUGGGUCAUCACAUCCUCAAAGCACAUAUCUUCAAGGGUCUCAGCAAGAAAGUCGGAGUUUCCUCAUCUAUCUUGCAAGGCCUGUGGGUAUCCUACAGCACAGAGGGUCUUUCAGCUGCACUUUCUUCACUCCGAAACCUCUACACUCCCAACAUCAAGGUGAGUCGGCUGCUGAUGCUGGGCGGCGCCAACGUGAACUACCGCACAGAGGUGCUGAACAACGCCCCCGUCCUGUGCGUCCACUCCCACCUGGGCUACAUGGACAUGGUGGCUCUGCUGCUCGAGUUCGGCGCCUCUGUGGACGCCCAGUCCGAGAGUGGCCUCACGCCGCUGGGCUACGCUGCUGCUGGAGGACACAUGGCCAUCGUGACUGCGCUUUGCCGCAGGAGAGCAAAGGUGGACCACCUGGACAAGAACGGCCAGUGCGCCCUGGUUCAUGCAGCCCUGAGGGGCCACAUGGAGGUGGUGAAGUUCCUUAUCCAGUGUGACUGGAGUUUGGGGCCACAGCAACAGCAGUCGCCGCAGACUCAACAACAGGCGGCUUUUACCAAGAGUCACGCGGUCCAGCAGGCUCUUAUCGCUGCAGCCAGUAUGGGAUACACAGAGAUCGUGUCCUACCUGCUGGACCUGCCAGAGAAAGAUGAAGAGGAGGUGGAGCGGGCUCAAAUCAAUAACUUUGACACCCUGUGGGGAGAGACAGCUCUGACUGCAGCUUCUGGUCGGGGGAAGCUGGAAGUUUGUCGUCUGUUACUGGAGCAGGGAGCUGCUGUGGCUCAGCCCAACAGAAGAGGCAUCGUCCCGCUGUUUAGCGCCGUCCGGCAGGGACACUGGCAGAUUGUGGACCUCCUGCUCACACAUGGAGCAGACGUCAACCUGGCGGACAAACAGGGUCGGACUCCUCUAAUGAUGGCUGCCUCAGAGGGACACCUGGGAACUGUAGAGUUUUUACUAGCUCAAGGAGCCUCUCUGUCUCUGAUGGAUAAGGAGGGUCUGACGGCUCUGAGCUGGGCCUGUCUGAAGGGUCAUCUUCCUGUGGUCCGCUGCCUGGUGGAGAGCGGUGCCGCCACCGACCACGCAGACAAGAACGGACGGACGCCCCUUGACCUGGCUGCCUUCUACGGAGACUCUGAAGUGGUCCAGUUCUUGGUCGACCACGGGGCCAUGAUAGAGCACGUAGACUACAGCGGGAUGCGUCCUCUCGACAGGGCCGUGGGCUGCAGAAACACGUCAGUGGUGGUCGCCCUGCUCAAGAAAGGAGCCAAGAUAGGUCCAGCCACAUGGGCCAUGGCCACCUCCAAACCCGACAUCAUGAUCAUCUUACUCAGCAAACUCAUCGAGGAGGGGGACAGCUUCUACAAGAAGGGGAAGGUGAAGGAGGCUGCGCAACGUUAUCAGUACGCUCUUAAAAAGUUUCCACGCGAAGGCUUCAGCGAGGACCUCAAGACAUUCAGGGAACUCAAAGUAUCGCUCUUCCUCAAUCUGUCCCGAUGUCGGAGGAAAAUGAACGACUUUGGGAUGGCAGAGGAAUUUGCUACGAAGGCACUUGAACUGAAACCAAAAUCAUACGAGGCAUAUUAUGCCAGAGCACGCGCCAAGCGUAGCAGCAGACAAUUUCCUGAAGCCUUAGAGGACCUGAAUGAAGCCAUAAAGCAGUGCCCCAACAACAGAGAAAUCCAGCGGCUGCUCCAGAGGGUGGAGGAGGAGUGUCGCCAGCUCGCCCAGGACGAGCACCAGCAGCAGGACCUGGAGCUGGAGCCUCCACCCUCCCCUCCUCCUACGCCUCCCCCUGAAGAGGAGGAGUCCCUGUCCCUGUCCAUGCCUCUCCCCCCUCCCCCAGAGCCCCGUCUGGAGGACAUGGAGCCUGUCCAGGACUUGUUUGAGGACGAGGACUACCUGGAGCAGGAGCUGGAGGCCAUGUCGAUGGGUCUGCCUCCACCCGAGUCCCUCACCAACCCCUCCAGCCUUCCCAUCAUUCAGAGCCCGCCGCUGUCCCCCACACAUCCAGAUCAGAUCUACUUAGGUGGAGGCUCGCCCAUGGGCCAGCCCUACGAGUAUCACCCCACCUCCUCCUCCAUGUCCUCCCCAACUCGAGGCACAUACCAGUCCACGUCGCCCUCCCUCUCCCCGACACACCAGAACUCCCAUUACCGCCACAGUCCACCUCACACCUCCCCAGUGCACCAGCCGUCCUACCGCUUCAGCCCGCCUCCUAUGGGUACCGGGGGUCAGGGGAUGGAUCACCAAAGCCCGCCGCCUUCCCCUUUACGCAGGGCUGCUCAGUACAGAGCCAGUCCACCAGUAGAAAGCGUCUGUCUGUACAGGUCCCAGUCUGGGUCGCCUGUGCGCUACCAGACGGAGCAGCUCCCAGGCCGACCCAAAUCCCCACUUUCAAAGAUGAGCAGCCAGCGUUCAUUCCAGCUGAGCUCGCAGCCCUCACUGUCCUCCCAACACCACCAAGCCCAAGGCCUUCGCCUCCAGCCUUCUAUAGCCCAAAUAGUUCGCACAAACCAGCCCAGCAACGUGAUGGGAAACAGCAGCUACGGCAGCCAGAUGGGCCACUCCAUGGGUGGUCGCUACCAGGGGGGCUCGGUGGACGUGGAGAGCCGCCUGGUGUACCAGCCCUCCCUGGAUGGGCGCUCCAUGCCACAAGUCCAGGCCAGCCUCAGCUCUGGGGCCCUCUGUCAGCACGGCGGCCGAGGAGGGGUUAUGGAGUCGAGCCUGUUGAAGGAUGAACUACCCCAGCGCCCCUCCUCUGCCUACCGCGCCAGCAGCGGGGGCCCGGGGGGCAUCCGUUACAGCCAGACGCCACAAAUCAGCCGCAGCCAGUCGGCCGCCUACUACCCAGUGUCUGAGCACGUGCUGGAGCGUGCCAAUGCCAUGCCCCCCUGCCAGCUGGGUUCUCCUGAGAUCCCCCAUAUGGUGAGACGCCCCGUGAGUGCCAAUACUACUGAGAUGAAGCAGCAUGUGCCCACCCCCAGGCCUCUCAUCCAUUCUCAGAGUGUAGGCCUUCGCUUCUCCCCGUCUAGCAACAACAUCUCAACUGGAUCCACCUCUAAUUUAGCGCCCAGCUUUAGGCCUUCCUCUUCCAUCCAGCAGAUGGAGAUCCCCUUACAAGCCACAUACGAGCGCACCUGUGACGACAUCUCGCCCAUCUCCCCCUCCCAGGGCGGCGGGGGGCUGUACCAAGGCGAGACCACCCGCUCUCGGAACACGCCUUUCAUGGGCAUCAUAGACAAGACGGCGCGGACUCAGCAGUACCUGCAUCAGCCCUCGCGGUCCCGGGCCAUGACGUCCAUGGACUCGGCCAUCAGCCCCACCUCGCCCGGCCAGCUGGUCCAGCAAGGCUCCACCUACAGCCCCCCCGCCUCGCUGGGCAACAUCGCCUACUACAACAAGACCAACAACGCCCAGAACGGACACCUGCUGGAGGAGGACUACUACUCCCAGACCCAGCCGCAGUCGCUGGGCAAACUGGCCAAUGGCUCCCGAGGCAGCGGGGACAUCCUGGAGCGGGUCAGCCAGGUGCCCACCUACCCAGACGUGAAGGUGGCGAGGACUCUGCCCGUGGCACAGGCCUACCAGGACAACAUGUACCGCCAGCUCUCACGUGACUCCCGGACCCAAGGCCCCACCUCCCCCAUCAAACCAAAGAGACCAUUUGUGGAGUCUAAUGUGUAAUGGCCUGUCUGUGACUGGAUGGUUGGACUGGGAUUAUUAGUGGAAAAAAAAAAAUAUUUAACUUAACAGCAGAUGUGGCCUGUGUUUGUGUGAUGGACGUCUGAAAGAACUCACGAGAGGCAGAUCCAAUCAGAGGAAACCACACAGCCGGCACACACACAAACACACACAUUAGGGUAUUAGACAUUAUCUUAUAUGAAAAACAUAACUAACAGUGAGAAGUGAUUAUUUCAUUAUCAUAUUCCGCACACAGGUAGGAUAACAGGAGGGUUCUGAGUUCUGAUCUCAUUCUAAAUCAAAGACCAGUGCACUUCCAAAACGUUGUGUGGCACAACACGAGUGGCCACAGCAGGCGGGACUGUCAGAGUGAAAGUACUACUCAUCGGACUCUACUUGUGGACUCUGUAUCCAUCUUCUGUUCUUUCAAAGUGUGCUCUUAACCAAGGUUGCUAGUAGGCUCUAUUCUAUGUAAUACAAUAUUAUAUGUUCAAUACUGUACAUUGCUCAGAAAAUACAAAUGGCUCAACAACUCAGUACUUAGAGAAAAAUGACAAUAUUUAUAAUUAAGUUAUAUAUUGUACAUAGAAAUAAAACAAAACAUAGUUUGCAUUUUGAAUUUUAUUCCGUUAACCCUGCCUCUGUGUCACACUGCUAAUCAUAUGUACGUGGAAAAGCGACCAGUGAAAGCAAUGAGGGACUCAGACUAACUUUGAAUGAUAUAAUUACCUCUAUUGUGUCAAAAUAAAAAAAAAAAUAAAAAAAGAUUUUUGUUGUGGUUUAAUGCAAGAACAUGCGUUAACCUGCAGAUUAUUUUUUUUGAUACGUUUUUUUUUAAAUACACCCAGAAUAAUUUCCUCUUUAACUUCUUAGGUCUUGUUUUGUUCAACCGACCGUCCAAAGAUCUUCAGUUUACAAUGAAAACAGCAAAUCCUCACACUGGAGAAGCUAGAACCACAGAAUGUUUGACAUUUAUGCUUGAAAACUCUUAGUUAAAGAUUAAUUUUCUGUUAAGAAAUUGUUUCAGCUCUAACUUGAACACACAAAAUAGCUUCAAAUCCUACCGAGAAUAUCAAUUUUGUGUCUAUGCACCUUUAAAAGUCUGAAAAUCCAACUGCUACACACAGUUUCUACAUCAAGUUUUGGAUGUUUUUGUUGAUUUAAUCCAGUCACUUAACCAAAUUCCACAAAUUUUAACACAUAAUUUAUGAUUUUUUUUGUACUUCUUUUCUCAUUACUCUCGUACAGACCUUAUUACGUGCUGUAUUAUGUUGGAUGUUAAACAAACUGUCAACGCCUUAGCCCUCUCUGACAUAUUAGUCUCGCUCUUUGCCAGUAAACAAAUCACUUGCUUUAACAUCUGAUCCUAUAAACAGCUUAAAGCCUCAGUUGCUUCCAGUUUUGCACAAGACAAGCUUGAAUAAACUUCGACUGAAUGAUGCAGAUCGGCGACAAAUAGAAAAAUUCUGCAGCAGGUGAUUUUAUCAUGUGGCACACGAGCAUCAAAGUUGGCCUUUGUCCCUCCUUCAUGCUAGCGAUGGGUUAACAUAGAUAGUGCUCAGCGACUAAAAGCAAGCAAAUGCAUACACGACCACCGUUACAGACGUUUCCCUUUUCUCCUGCAUUAUUUUGUUUCCUUUUCACCAUUUUUAUUCAGCCACUUCUGCACUAAAAAUGCCUGUUAAGUUCUUAAAACUAAGGGUGCACUUUAUGUAUUUUACUUACUUUGUUGUUAUGAUUGUUGAAAUUUGGAGAACGUGGGUGUGCGAUCGGUCAGACGUCUGACCGCUGAUACCAGACUAUCAUAGACACUAUUAUUAUAUGAUUUGCAACGCAGUGAUGAAUGACAAUAUGAAGAGCAAACAAUGUUUUUAAAAACCGGUGAAGAUGUAUAGACUUUCUAGCACAAGUUGUAUAUACUGGCUCAGAUUAUUUCGCUCCGUCCAGCUCGGGUUCGUUAGUUCAGCAAGUCUGUUUCAAGAGGCCAAUCAUAUUCAAAUAUUCCACAUUAUUAUUAAAGAAAAUAUCCAUUAAAGUCCUAUAAUUCUAAAUCCGCCAGUUUAAUCCACUGGUUUUGCACACAUCUUAAAAAUAAAUCUACAAAGACUGAAAUUUUAGUAUCCAGACACGCAGAGUUUGGGUUACAGAGAUGUGGAAUAAUGAGAAUAUUCAAGUUAUUUAUAUAUAUUAUGUGGGAAAGGUUAUAGACCAUUUGUCUGUAACAUUUUAUUUUGGAUGUCUGAUUAAGAAUAUCUAGAGAGAGACCGUUCUUCCCGACUGUCUCCUGUUCAUCCUCAGUUUCACCUGCUCCCAGAGAGAUGCCCUACUUAUCUUUACAGAAAUGAAGGUAUAAACUGUAUCAUACUUAAUUUAAAAACAACUUUUUUUUUCAGUUGAGGAUAUUUGAGGGUGUAUGGUUUCAAAGCUGUCUGUGUAUAUUAGUUUGCUGUAAAUAGUCUGAUGCAUGUUCUAUUCUUUCCAUGAGCUCAAGCAGAAACAUGUAUAGCAGUGUCUCUGGUGUGUGAUACGACGUUCGGAUUAAGAUAAGGAGACUGCUAUCCCUGAACUAUCCUUAUCAUUUUCCUUCAACCUCACCAGACAAAAAGGUUCUUUUAUUUUAUUUUAAUGUAUUUGCUUGCUGAGCAGAGUUCUCUUGUCUGUAAAUGUGAGCUUUCAGAUCGCUGUGAUAAAAAGUUUAAUUAAAAACAAUAAAAAAGAAUGUGUUUUUAUCUCAUGA